AUGGGUGAAGACAAUUCAUCAAUUGACAAACAAAAGGAAGAGGAGUCUGAACAGAAAGUAGUUAAUGCUUCUCAUAACGACUCCGCAAUCAACCCACACAGCAAUGAAACCGACCAACCCCAAUCGACAAACGAGCCAGCCCAACAAGCAAUUAGGGAAAAGGAUCAAUCAGGCACAACUCUCAAGAGGCAAGAAACAGACGAAAAUAAACUAGUCACAAACAGAGAGGAAGAUCUGGGGAUGCCUGCAGACGACCUGAUUCAUGAGGAUCCGCACACUUCGUUUCUACAACUACCUGCCUCGGAUAAACAACAAUAUACAACACCUUCGAAGUCAUUGCCACCACUCAAAGAUCAAGAACCAAUUGUAACUCCUAAAUUGUUUGACGUAGCUCCAGAUAAUGAGCAUCUGGAACUGUAUAAUUCGACUCAAGAGGUGGCCAGUUCGCCCAUUAGGAAUGACAUUUUGUCUUGUACCCACGAUGAUGAUAUCCUUGAUGGAAAUUCAAAAACCACCGUGAGAAAUUUCCUAUCUAUCGACGAGAACGAAUUGAAAGCAUUACAAGAUAACCAUCUAUUAAGAACACUUCUGACAAAGGCACAUGAGUUUGAGAGAUUACAAACACAGAACAGCCAAUUUAGAUUAAAGCUAGAAGAGACGUUUACAAAUAGUAGAAAUAAAAUUAACUCACUUCAGCAAAAAUAUUCAGAGGCAGACAAUUCGUUGCUUUCGUUGCGGGAUGAGAAUGCAGAGUUGGUCUCAAAUUGCAAGAAGCAAGAGGUUAAAGUAAGAGAGCUAGAGCUUUCUAAUCAACAAUUGGCAUUACAAGUUAAUGAAUAUCAAAGACUAAGCUCAGAAAAAGCCUCAGAAUUGAAGGAAUUGAAUGAGAAACAAAGUUAUCAGGAGAUUAAACACAUGGAAAAGCUCGAGGAGUUAUCUACUGCGAAUGUUGCUCAAAGCAAAAAGCUAAACCAAAUAACAAUGGAGUAUAAUAGGUCAGAAAAUGAAAAAUUUACGAUUAGUUUGCUGUUAACAAAGGCUCAAAAUGAAGCAAAUUUCUUAAAAGACCAAAAGCUCUGGUAUGAGGAACAACUAAAGUCAGCGCAGCUGAAAUACACAGAUUUGUUACAAAAGUACGAAUCAGAGCAAUCACAAACUGAGUCCAACGUCAGCAGGUUAACCGUCAAAUCGGAGAGCCUCAAACAGUUGGUCAAACGCCACGAAAAGACUAUUGCAGAUCUAGAAGCGUCAUUGAAAACAGAGUCAGACAAAAAAUCUGCAGCUGAAUCUAAAUUGAGGUCUGUCGAGUCCCGCAUAAUAGAAGAGUCCAACGCAAAUCAAGAUUUGUUGGAGUUAACUAAACUUCAGAGCGAUCAGCGUGCAGCUAGAAUUGAGCAGUUAGAAGCUUAUUCUGAAGAACUUAAAACCAAAUCAAAUGAUAACAUAGAAACUUUCAGCUCAACCAUAUCAUCACAAGAACAAACAAUUGCUGAAUUGGAAGAAAAGCUUGAGAGAAUGGAAUCAGUAUUGAAUGCAGAAAUUGGCGACAAGAAGCAAAUACUCGAAUUUGAUGCUAACUCAGGUUUAUCUGGAAUUUCAUUACCCACUCUUUUCGCCGAAUACAAUCAUGUGAAAAAGCAGCUCUCAGUAGAAAGACUGCAAAGAGAAAAGUUGGAGAAAGAAUUGGAAAAUUUUGUCAUUGAGCUUGACGCUAGAAAGCCUGCCAUUGCUAAUUACAAAGACCAAAUCCAAUUUUACGAAUCUUUGGUAUCCGAGUUGAAUGACAAGAUUGAGAAACUCCACGCAGACAAUGUUUCCCUUGAAAAAGAGUGUAAAAGGCAAAGAUCCUAUAGCGUUAGUUAUGAAAACGAAAUUUCAUCUUUGAAACAAGUGGUCAAAGAUUUGGGAAGGCAAAUAUGCUACUUUCUCAUACACUCACAGAUUAGGGACAGGAAUGAUGAGCCCCUUGCUUUCAGUGAGCGUAGCAAGAUUGAAAAAAUUCUAGACCGCACAGGCAAUUUCGAGGACUCCGUCGAGUCAGACUCUGAUAGGCUAGUAUCAGAGAGAUUGCUAACAUUCAAGGAUAUAAUAGAGCUUCGACAAAAAAAUCAGGACUUGCUUAUUGCGGUAAGACAAUUAACAAAGAAGUUGGAAAGUUUAGAGGAAGACAGUAACAACUUACAAGUUGUGGAGGAAGCCCAAGAGGCGAUAAUGACUUUGGAUAGUGAGUUGGAAAGUGCUAAUUCCAAGCUCCAAGCAAUUACUAGUGAAAGAGACGCUCUUCGAAAACUCAACAAUAAAAUGGCUGAUGGAGUGGCUGGAGGGAACACUUCGUUGCCAGAUUUGGAACUAACUAAAAAAAUUGAGGAAUAUGAAUCUGUGAUCAAGAAAAUGAGGGACGAGUCAGUAGAGGCUGUAAGAAAAGUAAAUGAGGAGUUGAAGAAAGCUAAUGAGAACAAAAACGAACUUUUAACACAACUUUCUGCGGCCAACAAAUCCAUCGAAUUGACAGAGAUGAAAUUGUCUACUACUCAGAAAUCAAUCGACUUAGCAAUUGCGGAGAAGAAUCAAGUCAAAUCAGAGCUAGACUUUUGGAAUAAACAAGCACAAAAAUUGGAGGACCAAUUGAGACAAAAAUCGCAAGACCUUCGGGUAGUUCAAGCAAGGUUUGAACAGAGCAGUACAUCAUUGGUCACUAUACAACAAGAAAAGGAAUUUGCUAAUAGAAUGCAAUUGUCGCUUAACAAUGAGCUUUCAUCGUUGAGAGACGACAAGAUGAAAUUGAAUGAUUUGGUUGUUAACUUGCAAACGAUGCUAAGGGAAAGAGAUGACUCAAUCAAAGAGAUUACAGCUAAGCUUAAUGAAUCAUCCGAGGCAUCUCAGAACUUACAGAGGAAACUCAAUGAAAAAGAAGAAAGACUCCAGAUAUUGUCCAACCAAUCGGAAAAGACGUUCAAAGCACAGAAUAGCAAGUUGGAACAAAUCAAUGACUUGAGCUUACAGUUGUUACAUUUAAAGAACGAAGUGUCAGAGAAGGACAAGCGUAUAGUGGAGUUGAGUGCUAGAUUGAAAGAUGCAACGCUUAAUGCAUACAGUAAACCGGAGGUUAAGCAAUUGCAGGAAGAUUUGAGAAUUGCAGGGGACCGACUUGUGGAAUUGACAAAGUUGGUUAAUGAUAAGGAAACAGCUAUAGUUAAUAAUGUUAAAUCAUUCAAUGAAGAGAGAGCUUCCUGGGAGGCAAAGUAUACUAGACUUACCAAAGAGAAAAAGAAUUCAGAUGAUGAAAUUACAAAAUUGAGAGAAGCGAAUGAAAAUAAUGCACAGGAAUUGGAAAAAUCAAAGGAAAAAUUUGUAGCUGAUUAUAAUACGUUGCAAGGCAAAUUUGCCGAAGUUGAAGUUAAGGCUGAAAAAUUUGAUAGUUUGGAAAGAAUUUACGAGGACAGGCUUGACGAUGCUAAUGGAAAACUUGAGAAUGAAAAGAAAACGGUUAUUGACUUGCAGAGUAAGUUGGAUGUGGAGGCGGAAAAAAAUUUGUCAUUGAAUGAGGAAAUCAAAACUAUGAAAGAUAAGGUAGCAAACAACGAUUUUGUUAUAGCGUUGCUCAAACAGGAAAAGGAAACAAUCAAUAAAAAAUUGAGGGCCUUAGAAGGUGAGCUCAGUGUCAGUAGAUUGGAGUUGGAGAAUGAAAAGAAUAUUUCAAAAACAAAGCGAGCUGAGUUGGAGGAUCAAAACAGACUUUUACUCGAUCAAUUGGAAUUGGGUGGCACUUCGGAAAAUGGCGAGGAUGGUGGAUCAAAUGACGUUAAACAGGUUAUUGAGUAUCUUCGUCGUGAGAAAGAAGGAAGCGAUACUAAGCUUUUCACCGUUGAAGAAGAAAAUUCAAAUUUGAGGGCCAAGGUAGAAAGUUUACAAAACGAGGUAUCGACCCUUCAAUCACUAAAGAGCAACUCCAGCAUAUUGGAUUUUGGCAACAACGAGAAGGAACAAAAUCAACUCGCAAGCCAAUUGCAACAGAUCAACCAGUUGAAGGAGCAUACCAAUAACCUUACAUAUGAAAUUAAGAAGAAAGACGCCGACCUUGAAAAAUUGAAAACCGAAUUCAAUAGGAUAACGACCGAAUUGGAUACUGUCAAGCAAAGUUCUCAGAAACAAAUAACCCAAGCCGGAAUCAAUCAGCAGAAAUUACGAUUACUUGAGGAGGAGAAUGCGCGUCUCAAAGCUAUUUCAACAAACGCGGUGUCUAGGAAGGCUGAUGAGCCCAAGGGCCCACCACCAGAAAUUAUUAGAAUGCAAGAGCAAAUGGAUAAGUUGAAAAACAAAGCUAAUGACAGAAUCAAGACAUUGAAGCAGGAACAUGCCGCUAGAGAGAAGGAGAUUAAUGAAACCAAAGAUAAAGAGUUGAAGCAAUUGAAGGAGAAGAUUGAAGCCUUACAAAGUAAAGAAGCUGCUCCAGGCUCUCAAGAUGUAAAAGUACAACAAAAGGUUGAGGAGUUGAGCAAACAGCUAAAUGCCAUAAAGGAGGAAAACAGUGGAUUGAUACGUGAAAAGAACGAAUUGGUUAAAAAGUUGUUCACCUUGGAGGCCAGCUUAAAAACUCAGUUCAACAAAGAGAAAGAGGAAUUGCGCAAGUCUCUCGAAUCUUCAAGCUCGAAUAGUGCUACAGAUGUUACAAAGGCAAAAUAUGAUGAACUUCAACACCUCUUGGAAAAGACCAGGAACGAGGUGCAACAAAAAAUUGAUCAAGAGAAGAUAAAGACCACACAAGAGGUUGAAAAGAAGUUUGAGUUCAAAAUGAAAAUGUUGACGAGAAAGGUUGAGAAGUAUGAGUCAGAGUCAAAGGCAAAGAAACAGACACACGAAGCAGGACAAGGGAAGCCUUUACCCCAACAGGUGACACAACAAACGACGCAACCAAUGAAACAGCCAAAAAUGCAGUCAGUGGUAGAGCCAACGGCGCAAUCUACGACUCAACAAGUCACACAUCCAACGACACAGCCACACCCACAAGCAUUUCUGAAGAGCUCAGCCUUUGGUCAACCACCUCAAACUAAACCAGUACAAGUUUCACAGCCACAAACAACUUUGCAACCUCAAUUAAGUCAAAUGACAGCACAGCAACCAACUUAUCAAUUUGGCACCCGACAAACCGAUUUGUUUGGAGCGCGUAGUUCCACAACCCAGCCAUCAGUACCCACCACCACAGUCCAAAACACUUCACAAGUGCUGCAACCAGUUGAUGCUGGCGGUGCUUUAAAUAAAUUGACGCCAAAUGAGAAACCAAGUAUCAGUGCUAGUGUAGCAACUACUACGGCAACUGUUCCAGACAAAGCAGCCAAUAAUGACACCCUGGUAAAUGAAAUCCAGACUGAAUCACCACAAACGCAAUCACAAGUGCCAUCUUCCGCUUCGCAGGCUACUGGGAAAUCGGAGCAACUGUCAUUAUCGCUGUCUCAAAUCCCAAUAAUUACAGCACAACAGCCGUCAACAACCACGCCUGUGACUAAACCCGUGGUUAAAAAACUUUCAAUUGCAUCUCCUAUUGCUCCUGGUGCAGAGUCUACCUUGAAUGUAACACGUCCUGCGAUUGCAAGGACUGAACCAAGAAACCCCAAGACUUCUGAAGAAAAGCACGGUGUCUCGCCAAGUAAUGAGCGCAAGAGAUCUUUCCAAGAUGAAAGACCGAAAGUUAAAAAAACCAGACAAGAAUGA